GCGCAGUACAGAGGAGGCUUUUAAUUCCAUUGUGGAGAGGACGGCGUUAUUUUUAUUAACUGGAGGCGACGGCGGCUGCGGCGGCGGCGGGACCCCCAGGCCUCCUCCGGGGUAUGAAAAUCGGCAGCGGGUUCCUGAGUGGCGGCGGUGGUACCGGCAGUAGCGGUGGUAGCGGCUCGGGCGGCCGUGGUGGUAGCGGCGGCAGCAGCAGCAGGAGGGCAGAGAUGGAACCCACCUUUCCCCAGGGUAUGGUUAUGUUCAACCACCGGCUUCCCCCGGUCACCAGCUUCACCCGGCCGGCGGGGUCGGCGGCCCCUCCCCCACAGUGCGUGUUAUCCUCCUCUACCUCCGCCACCCCGGCCGCUGAGCACCCCCCUCCGCCAGCCCCGGACAUGACUUUCAAGAAGGAGCCGGCGGCGUCAGCCGCGGCCUUCCCCUCGCAGAGGACCUCCUGGGGAUUCUUGCAGUCUUUGGUUAGCAUCAAACAAGAGAAACCUACCGAUCCUGAGGAGCAGCAGUCCCACCACCACCAUCAUCACCACCACUUUGGGGGACUGUUUGCUGGGGCUGAAGAGAGAUCUCCAGGCCUAGGAGGCGGAGAAGGGGGGAGCCACGGCGUCAUCCAGGACCUCAGCAUUCUCCACCAGCAUGCCCAGCAGCAGCCAGCCCAGCACCACCGCGACGUGUUACUCAGCAGCAGUAGCAGGACUGAUGACCACCAUGGCAACGAGGAGCCAAAGCAGGACACUAAUGUCAAAAAGGCAAAGAGGCCAAAGCCAGAAUCUCAGGGAAUCAAAGCCAAGAGGAAGCCAAGUGCAUCUUCCAAACCUUCUUUGGUUGGAGAUGGAGAAGGUGCCAUCCUCUCCCCAAGUCAGAAACCUCAUAUCUGUGAUCACUGUAGUGCUGCUUUCCGAAGCUCCUAUCACCUGCGGAGACAUGUCCUCAUUCAUACAGGAGAAAGACCUUUCCAGUGUAGCCAGUGUAGCAUGGGUUUCAUUCAGAAAUACCUAUUGCAGAGACAUGAGAAGAUUCACAGCAGAGAGAAGCCAUUUGGAUGUGAUCAGUGCAGCAUGAAGUUUAUUCAGAAGUACCAUAUGGAAAGACACAAGAGGACACAUAGUGGAGAAAAGCCAUAUAAAUGUGACACUUGCCAACAGUAUUUUUCGAGGACUGAUAGAUUGUUGAAGCACAGGCGCACAUGUGGUGAAGCCAUAGCUAAAGGAGCAGCUAGUGCAGAACCUGGGUCAUCAAACCAUAACAGUAUGGGUAAUCUGGCUGUGUUGUCUCAGGGAAAUACAAGUUCUUCAAGGAGAAAAACAAAGUCAAAAAGCAUAGCUGUUGAAAAUAAGGAGCAUAAGACUGGUAAGACAAAUGAGUCACAAAUUUCAAAUAACAUAAACAUGCAGAGUUACUCAGUAGAGAUGCCUACUGUGUCUUCCAGUGGAGGCAUAAUUGGCACUGGUAUAGAUGAGUUACAGAAAAGGGUGCCAAAAGUGAUCUUUAAAAAAGGAAGCAGAAAGAACGCAGACAAAAACUACCUUAAUUUUGUGUCACCGUUACCAGACAUAGUUGGACAGAAAUCAUUGUCUGGGAAACCAAGUGGCUCACUUGGUAUAGUGUCAAAUAAUAGUGUGGAGACCAUUAGUCUUCUCCAAAGUACAAGUGGCAAGCAAGGUCAAAUAAGUAGUAAUUAUGAUGAUGCCAUGCAGUUUUCAAAGAAAAGAAGAUAUUUACCAACUGCCAGCAGCAACAGUGCCUUUUCUAUAAAUGUAGGACACAUGGUCUCCCAGCAGUCUGUCAUUCAGUCUGCAGGUGUCAGUGUUUUGGACAAUGAGGCACCAUUGUCACUUAUUGACUCCUCAGCUCUAAAUGCUGAAAUUAAGUCUUGUCAUGACAAGUCUGGAAUUCCUGAUGAGGUUUUACAAAGUAUUUUGGAUCAGUACUCCAACAAAUCAGAAAGCCAGAAGGAGGAUCCUUUUAAUAUAACGGAGCCACGAGUGGAUUUACACACCUCAGGAGAACACUCAGAAUUGGUUCAAGAAGAAAAUUUGAGCCCAGGCACCCAAACACCUUCAAAUGAUAAAGCAAGCAUGUUGCAAGAAUACUCCAAAUACCUCCAGCAGGCUUUUGAAAAAUCCAAUAAUGCAGGUUUUACUCUUGCACCCAGUUUCCAGUUUGUCAGUUUGUCCUCACCUCUUCACAACCACACUUUAUUUCCAGAAAAACAAAUAUACACUACGUCUCCUUUGGAGUGUGGUUUCGGCCAGUCUGUUACCUCAGUGUUGCCAUCUUCAUUGCCAAAGCCUCCUUUUGGGAUGUUGUUUGGAUCUCAACCAGGUCUUUAUUUAUCUACGUUGGAUGCUACACAUCAACAGUUGACACCUUCCCAGGAGCUAGAUGACCUGAUAGAUUCUCAGAAGAACUUAGAGACUUCAUCAGCCUUCCAGUCCUCAUCUCAGAAAUUGACUAGCCAGAAGGAACAACAGAAAAACUUAGAGUCCUCAACAAGCUUUCAGAUUCCAUCUCAGGAGUUAGCUAGCCAGAUAGAUCCUCAGAAAGACAUAGAGCCUAGAACAACGUACCAGAUUGAGAACUUUGCACAAGCAUUUGGUUCUCAGUUUAAGUCGGGCAGCAGGGUGCCAAUGACCUUUAUCACUAACUCUAAUGGAGAAGUGGACCAUAGAGUAAGGACUUCAGUGUCAGAUUUCUCAGGGUAUACAAAUAUGAUGUCUGAUGUAAGUGAGCCAUGUAGUACAAGAGUAAAGACACCCACCAGCCAGAGUUACAGGUAAGGUCCCAAAAGUGACCAGGCUGGGGGUCUUCUAAUGUAAUUUUGUUUUAUUUUGAGAACACUGCCAUUGGAAUGUUUCUACACGAUCCUAUUAAGAAUAAUGUAAUGCCCUUUCAAUGCAACUUUUCAUAUUUAGUUUAUUUUGUUAGCGUGAUUUUAGCUCUGUUUGUAUUAUGAUUUUUAAUCAAAAUCAAUAGAUUAAAAAUAGUUUGACAUUCAAAGUGACAAUAUUAGCAAUCAAAUUUACAUGUAUAGAUUGUCAGGGAAUAGCCCAAAAGUUUUAAAUGCAAAAAAAAAAAAAACAAAAACAAAAAAAAAAAACCACAAAAACCUAGGGGAAAAAAAAACAAAACAAAAAAAACUUUGUUGCUAGGAUUAAGGUUAUUCUAAUUGCUUUUCUCUCAGGAAAGUGUAAUAACGCAUGGGAAUUCUGUACGUUAUCACUGUAAUGGAAUAUCCAAUUUAUAGAUAAUAUGAUAUACAUUUCAUCAUUUAAGUAAGGGAUCGAAAACAUUUCAAAUUGCUCUAUCUGGGCUGAUAAGAUACACAUUUCAUCAUUUAAGUAAGGGAUCGAAAACAUUUCAAAUUGCUGUCUCCAUCUGGGCUGAUCCAAAAUUCUGAGAUGUUGGCUACCUUAUUUUUGUUGCAGCUUUUAAAUGUACUCUGAACUUCAGACCACAUUCAUUCCAGCUUGGUAGAACAAAUAUUCUUGGAUCUUUGAUCAAAGCCUGGAAUGAUAGCUUUAAGAAGGAAAAAAGCACCCUCCCCUUAUCACAACUGUAGCAAGGCUGUAAUUCCAUUAAGAGAUUCUACUGACGUCUAGUACAGUGUUGAAGCCCGAGUGAUUGAUUGGUUCCAGUAUUAGAACCCAAGUUGGAUUACAUAAUCCAUUGCAGUUUGGGGAAUCCAUUAUUUAUUAUACAUGGCCUAAAACAUUGUUCUCUUGUCUGUGCUAUCACCCACACUUUUCCUGUUUUUGGUUCUUGUUCUUAACCUAUCUUCUUUCUUAGAGUUCUGGGCCUUCCUUGUUUUCUCUUCUCCCUAUCUUGAUAGUUUAAAUUUUAGAAUGAUUUACAUGCUGAUAAUUCAUUAUGCAUUUUGUAUGCCUUGUGGCAUCCAAAUACUGAAUAAUAGGAUAAACACCCCCACCCCUUUUUUAAACAAAUCCUAUACAAAUUUCCAUGUAUAAUAGAAUACAUAUUUAGAGCUAUUGAUAUUGAUAAGGUUGUAAUUCCAACUGGUGACAUAGCUAGUGUGAGGGAUAAGAGUGUCUGCAUUUGUGAUGACAUCAGAACCUCUGAAAUUGCAGCCUUUGAUGUACAUUUUUAAAGGGUACAUUAGUAUUGUACAUGGGUCUUGUAAAGUCAUCAAAAUUUGCUAUGAACGCUAAUUGCCAUUUGAAGCUACUGAUAGGCAGUGGCUCUGCUCUAAACCACUUUUUAGCAAUUGUAUUUUUUUUCUGAUUAUAUUUUUUAAUGUACUUUGAUGUUUUUGCUGAUGAGUUUUUUAUGUACUUUUGGUGAUGUUUCAGUCUUACGUACUCUUCUGAUGUCAGAAAAGUACCACUGGUUGUUUGCAGUCUUAUUGUGUAAUCAGCCUACCACAGGCUUCCAUGUAUAAUAAAGUAAUUAAUAUUGUGCAAGUGUAAAACACUUCUGUUAUGAAAGCAGUGUUUGGAAAGAUAAGAAUUAUUAAAAAAUGGUUACAAAAUACUAGUUAAUUUCCUUUCCCCACUUAUUCUCCCUUAAGUCUUCUUUAUCAGCUAAAAAGUGACCUAUUUGUCAAUGCAAGGUUCUUAGAAAAUGUAUUUAAUCCCCUUAAAUACACUCAGUACUAAAAAGUUUGUAUUUCUUACUUCAGUAAGUGCGGUAAGUUCUAUUGGGUACAGAGUCCAAGCUGUAAUGAAAGGAUGGAGAGGACUUUUACCACUGUAUCUCUUAAGCUGUAUGAUUUUUCUCCAGUUUUUUGUUUUAUACAGGUUUUGAAUUUCUUUAACUUUUAUUGUGUGUACUGAAUACUGCAUAUGUAUUAUUCUGAUUGUUUGCUCUAGUUUACUACCAAUAAAAGCCCUGUUAAUCACAAAAUUGAAGAAAGGAGAUAAUCACUUAAUAUCCAGUCACAUUUUUCAGAUUUUCCUGUUAACUACAUUUAUUAAAUAUUCACAUCAGUGGUGUAACCUGCACUUUAGGGACUUGUAGUUUUAUUGCAUUUUUUUAAAAAAUUAAGUAUUUUAUAUUUCUAAAUUUAUUUGAAAAUUAGAAUAUUUUCUUUGUGUUUGAGGUGCAGUAUAAUAUGGAAGGAUAAAAAUAUAAUACUAUGUAAAUUAAAACAUGUUUUAUUAAAAUCGGGUUGGUGGACCUAAAUAUUACUCCAGAGAGAUUAUGUAUUUAUUGAGGCUUUAUUUUAAAUCAGAUUCCAAUAUCUUUUGGUUCUAGGUGCAUCCUUUUUGCCUCAAAAAGGUUGUAAUAAAAUAACAGUAUGACACAAAUGAAAGUGGUCAUGAGCAUUUUUAGUAGAAGUAUUGUUAAGUCAUAGUUAGCAAUGUUAAAGUUGAGAGUAUAAAUAUUAGAAAUUGCUAAGACAUGAAUAUUGGAGAUACAGGAAAGGCAUUUGAAAAGGUAGUAAAUACAUUAAUUUUUAAAGAUGAAGGAGAAAGAUGGAAGAUCAUGAGAAAAUUGUGCUUUGAAAUUUAGUGGUUACAAAUGUGAGGGAUUAGGAGUAAAAAUAUUAAAGGGGUAAAAUAUGCCUUUGAGGCUUUGGUUCAGACUUCUUUUGGUACUUUGGUAUACGGUAGUAUUGUAGGAAGAUGUUAAAAUGAUUUAUAUUAAGCAUAGCAUGGAUUUCUCUGUGAAGAAAUAUCUGUACUUGUGGGCCAUAUGAUUAGGAAGUAUAAAUUAAUUUCUUGACAAGGUUAUUCCUUUGAUUUGGUCAUUUUCUUGAACGAGAAUGUUGAGCCGAAUUUCACUGAUUCUGUGUUGAAAUCUGACUCUUCUUGAUCUCUCUGCACAGAUGAUUUAUUUCUCUAGAUUAGCCCCACCCUCCCUCCUUUUUUUUUUUUUUUUUAAUCCUGUGGAAUGUCUGUAUCUGAAUAUGAUCGUUUUGAAAUUUGUGUUUUUACUUUCAAGACAUUAGGAUAUGAAGUAGGAAGCUAUACUUUGGAUUUCUUUUGUGCUGGUAUAAAUUCAAGUUAUGGACCAAGAAUAUAAUUUAGCAAUUACUGGUCAGUAAUUUGUGAGAUAAUUCAAUAAUGAGAAUAGAAAUGUGUGGAAAAAAGUGUACUUACAUUAAAUUUUUUAAUGUUAUUUUUUUUAUUGCAAACAGUGGUACAAAUACUUCAACUUCACAUGUAGUUUUCUGUAUUACACUAAUGAGAUGAGAGGCAAAACUUUUUACUCAUUUUUGGUAUCUGGCAUUUUGCAGUUAUUUGCCAUUAGUAGUGUGUAAGCCAAAACUGGGUGACAGUUUAAAUGAUACGGCCUCAUGGGGACAUAUGUAAUCCAUAGCUUCCAGAUUCGUAGGUUUUUAUUAAACUGAAGAACUUUACUCGAAGAAAUUAGCUUCUAAACUUCAGAAUUCUAUUUUUAGAGUUGAACACAUAUUUAGAGACUCAUUUUGUGAGUGUUACGGUCUUGUUUUCUAUGAUACCCAAUGACAACAUUUCAUUUUUUAAAUGUGAUGCAGUACUCCUUUGGUAGUUAUAUGGUCCAUGCAUCACGUUGCAUAAGAUUAUGUUAGUAAUGUUCCAUGAAUAUUUUGUUAUGGAAUCUCUUCUGGUACUUGAGAGAUGUUUACGAGUCUGCUUUGUACUUUAUAUGAGAUGAUAAAGAGUUCCUGAUAGCUCAGGAAACCUCAAAAAUGUUGUGUUAAUCAGUUCCACCUGUUAUAUUUUUAAUGUAUUUAUUAUUUCAAAUGAACAUAUGCUGAUGCUAAAAGACAGGAUCUUGGAAUUCAUUGUGGUACCCCUCAUCAAGAACAAUCUUAAAAAAAAAGAAAUCUUCACAAGCUGUAGUUUUUGCAGAGAUUGUUACUAUAAAGGGUGGAUACACUUUUUAAUUAUUUCUACUUUUUUGUAUUUGUUUUGCUUUUUCCAAAAAGUAUUGACUGAGUGUGACUAACUUAAGUAGAUUAUAUUUACUUUCUUGAUGAACUUUUGGAUCACCCUAUUGGAGUGCUGCUGAACAUUUUCGGUGUCAUAGAUUCUUUGGGUGAUAAUGGAAUCUAUACCACCUUGCCCCCCUUAGCAAAAUUAUAUCUGCACACGAAAAUUUACAAGCCAGUUUACAUGUUCACAAGACCUCUCCCCCGAAAAAAAUGUUUACCUAUGGAAUUGGUUAAGUGUCCCUGCCUUAGAAAUCUGCCUAAAUAUUAAAAUGUUAUUGUACAAAUAAAAAGUCAAUGCCUAAACUAAAAAAGCAUCAUAUAUUAAGGAUAUUUAAAUUUUUCUUUAUCUGCAAUUUAAUUAAUUAGCAUUUAUAGACCACAUUUAGGUUAUUAAAACCGUAGUUUCGUGAUAAACUGGUCAAAUAAUGAGUUGAAUAGAAUUUAUAAUUCUUUGCACAGUUUCUCAUCUGAUAAUUAGUAAGGACCACACAGAUGCUAGACUUGACAAUAGUUCAGUAUUUUCCGUUAACAAAGAAGUGUGUUAACAGUGUGCAAUAACUGCAGUCAACUACUCAGACAAUUCAGUGGCAAAAAUGAAAGAAAACCCAUGCCAACCCACACCUUUUUACUGAGAAGAAAUAAUGAGGAUUUAAUAACGUUGAGACUAUACUUCAUAUAGCCUCGGUAUCACUGGCUAGGUUGAAGUUUACUGUGUAAGAUAAGCUUUGUAAAGCAUGCUAUAUGUUGAAAUAUCUCUUGGGAAGACUAGAUAAAUAACGGGAAAAAAAAUUUGGACCUUACACUCCAAAGAGGAAAGUGUGUUUUCUGUAUUAG